AUGGGUUUGUAUGCUUCAAAAUUGUUCUCUAACUUGUUUGGUAACAAGGAAAUGCGUAUUUUAAUGGUGGGUCUUGAUGGUGCUGGUAAGACCACUGUUCUUUACAAGUUGAAAUUAGGUGAAGUUAUUACAACUAUUCCAACUAUUGGUUUCAAUGUUGAAACUGUGCAAUAUAAGAACAUCUCCUUUACCGUAUGGGAUGUCGGUGGACAAGAUAGAAUUAGAUCUCUAUGGAGACAUUACUACAGAAACACUGAGGGUGUUAUCUUUGUUGUUGAUUCCAAUGACAGAUCUCGUAUUGGUGAAGCUAGAGAAGUUAUGCAAAGAAUGCUUAAUGAAGAUGAAUUGAGAAAUGCAGUUUGGUUAGUUUUUGCUAACAAACAAGAUUUGCCAGAGGCUAUGUCUGCUGCAGAAAUCACCGAAAAGUUAGGAUUACACUCUAUUAGAAAUCGUCCAUGGUUCAUUCAAGCUACUUGUGCGACAUCUGGUGAAGGGUUAUACGAAGGUUUGGAAUGGUUAAGUAACAAUUUGAAAAACCAAUCCUAA